ACUCUCCCCGGCCGGCCUCCACGGACUGACUGCCUGACCCCCCACCGGACGGACCCGCUGCGCCCCGAGCAUGGCGACCCCACUCACCGACCAGGAGAAGCGCAAGCAGAUCAGCAUCAGGGGGCUCGUGGGCGUGGAGAACGUGGCGGAGCUGAAGAAGGGCUUCAACCGCCACCUGCACUUCACGCUGGUGAAGGACCGAAACAUCGCGACACCUCGGGACUACUACUUCGCCCUGGCCCACACCGUGAGGGACCACCUGGUGGGGCGGUGGAUCCGGACGCAGCAGUUCUACUAUGAGGUGGACCCCAAGCGGGUGUAUUAUCUGUCUCUGGAGUUCUACAUGGGCCGGACGCUCCAGAACACCAUGAUCAACCUGGGCCUGCAGAACGCCUGCGACGAAGCCAUCUAUCAGCUCGGCCUGGACAUGGAGGAGCUGGAGGAGAUGGAGGAGGAUGCAGGUCUGGGCAACGGAGGCCUGGGCAGACUGGCGGCGUGUUUCCUGGACUCGAUGGCCACUUUGGGUCUCGCGGCGUACGGUUACGGCAUUCGAUACGAAUAUGGAAUCUUUAACCAGAAGAUAAGAGACGGCUGGCAGGUGGAGGAGGCAGAUGAUUGGCUGAGGCAUGGGAACCCGUGGGAGAAGGCCCGCCCAGAGUACAUGCUGCCGGUCCACUUCUACGGCCGCGUAGAGGACUGGGGCUCCAAAUGGGUCGACACUCAGGUGGUGUUGGCGAUGCCCUACGACACGCCCAUCCCCGGCUACAUGAACAACACGGUGAACACCAUGAGGCUGUGGUCGGCCCGCGCCCCCAACGACUUCAACCUGAGAGACUUUAAUGUUGGAGAUUACAUCGAGGCGGUUCUGGACCGGAACCUGGCGGAGAACAUCUCCCGUGUUCUUUACCCCAAUGACAACUUCUUUGAAGGAAAAGAGCUCCGUCUGAAGCAGGAGUACUUCGUCGUGGCGGCGACACUCCAAGACGUCAUCCGCCGCUUCAAGACCACCAAGAAGGGAACUCCCGUGCGGACGUCCUUCGAGACGUUCCCAGAAAAGGUCGCCAUCCAGUUGAACGACACCCAUCCGGCCUUGGCCAUCCCCGAGCUGAUGAGGAUCUUCGUCGACAUCGAGAAACUCGACUGGGACACGGCCUGGGACCUCACCAAGCGCACCUUCGCCUACACCAACCACACGGUGCUCCCCGAGGCUCUGGAGCGCUGGCCUGUGGAGCUGCUGGAGAAGCUGCUGCCCAGACACCUGCAGAUCAUCUACCACAUCAACCAGGUCCACCUCGACAGGAUCGCGGCUCUCUUUCCGAACGACGUGGAGAGACUGAGGAAAAUGUCUCUGAUCGAAGAAGAUGGCUGCAAGAGGGUGAACAUGGCGCACCUGUGCAUCGUGGGAUCUCACGCCGUCAACGGAGUCGCUGAGAUCCACUCCAACAUCAUCAAGACCGACGUAUUUCGUAAUUUCAGUGAAGUUGAACCGGAGAAGUUUCAGAACAAAACCAACGGCAUCACCCCAAGACGCUGGCUGCUGCUCUGCAACCCGGGACUGGCGGAGGUCAUCGCUGAGGUCAUCGGGGAGGACUACGUGAAGGACCUCAGCCAGCUUGAGAAGCUGAGGGACUUUGUUGACGAUGCUGCGCUCAUCCGGGACGUCUCCAGAGUGAAACAGGACAACAAGGUGAAAUUCUCCCAGUACCUGGAGAAGGAGUACAGGGUGAAGAUCAACCCGUCGUCCAUGUUCGACGUCCACGUGAAGAGAAUCCACGAGUACAAGCGGCAGCUCCUCAACUGCCUGCACAUCAUCACCAUGUACAACCGCAUCCGAACGAACCCCAGUGCACCUUUUGUCCCACGGACAGUGAUCAUCGGGGGAAAGGCGGCUCCUGGGUAUCACAUGGCGAAGAUGAUCAUCAGGCUCAUCACCGCGGUGGCGGAGGUGGUGAACAACGACCCUGCGGUGGGAGGCAAGCUGAAGGUCAUCUUCCUGGAGAACUACCGGGUCUCUCUGGCCGAGAAAGUGAUACCCGCCACGGAUCUGUCGGAGCAGAUCUCCACCGCCGGCACGGAAGCGUCGGGAACGGGGAACAUGAAGUUCAUGCUGAACGGCGCUCUGACCAUCGGCACCAUGGACGGAGCCACGGUGGAGAUGGCGGAGGAGGCGGGAGAGGAGAACCUGUUCAUCUUCGGCAUGAGGGUGGAGGACGUGGCUGAAAUGGACAAGGCGGGAUAUGAUGCCAUGUCGUACUACAAGAGGAUCCCAGAGCUGAAAUAUGUUAUGGAUCAGAUCACAAGCGGAUAUUUCAGCCCCAGAAAUCCAGACCUCUUCAAAGACGUCACCGACAUGCUCUUAAAAUAUGACCGCUUCAAAGUGUUUGCGGACUUUGAGGACUACGUGAAAUGCCAAGAGAAAGUCAGCCAGCUCUACACGAAUCCAGUGGAGUGGACAAAGAUGGUGAUCAGGAACAUCGCAGCCACGGGGAAGUUCUCCAGCGACAGAACCAUCACGCAGUACGCCACCGAGGUGUGGGGGGUGGAGCCCACCGACCUGAAGAUCCCGCCUCCCAACGAGCCGAGAGAGGCCAUCGAAGAAACGGCCAGAGCGCUGAAGAAGAUGUGAAGUCGUGUUUUUAUGUUUACAACUCAUGUACUGCUCCUGUCUGGAUCUUCUUCUUCUUAUUUUUUGGGGUGUUUCAGAAAUCACAUCUGCACA